ACGUUUGCCAGGACCGCUGCUGAACCAGAAGUGCAGGUUGUGUCCUGUUCUCUGCAUCACAUAUAGAGAGAAAUUAUUUAUGAAGAGUCGUUGGAGGUACAUAACGGGCUGCGUUCAAUGCCAUACAUUACAUUUGAAAUAGACACAGUUAUACGCAAGCAAGCGGAGUGUUUGGCUGUUGGAGGACAAAACUAAUGGCUUGUUGUGUCACCGGUUAUUCGUCGCAGCUGUUGACAAGUCCAAAGUUCAUCAAUGCAGGCUGAACAAAAACUCUUUGACUGAGUUUCAAUGGCAUCGUCUCCAACUACAGUCCUUCACUGCUGUCUCAACAAUGAACUGUGGAAAGCCUCAAGCACAGACUAAAGAAUGGCAAGGUUUAGACGCAAAUCUUGCAUCACAUUAAUUGCUUUGGUGUUGCUUGUCCUCAUUGUACUGGUCUUGAAAGGGCUCACACCAGAGGACUCACCGUUCAGCAGCCCUGUGGGUGUCAAGCUGUUUCCUGACAGAGAGCAUGACAAUCAGAUGCAGAGAGAAAACAACAAUAAACCUGACCACAUCAAAAUGAACGACUCUCCCAAGUCAGACAGAGAUGAAGAACUGGAGGCUACACUGAGGAAGUUUCCUCCUCCAAACUACUAUGUCCACGCCUUCUACUACACAUGGUAUGGGAACCCCAAGUUUGAUGGCAAAUACGUCCACUGGGAUCAUCUGCAGCUGCCACACUGGGACUUUAAGGUGGCUCAGGGGUAUCCACAAGGGAGACACAGCCCACCUGAUGACAUUGGGUCCAACUUCUAUCCCUCUCUGGGAGCUUACAGUUCCAGGGACCCCUACGUUAUAGAGGGUCAUAUGCAGCAGCUACGUACAGCAGCUAUUGGUGUCCUUGCUGUUUCCUGGUAUCCUCCUAAUACGAAGGAUGACAACGGUGAGCCAACAGAUGACAUUGUGCCUUUACUGCUGGGAUUGGCACAGAAAUACCAUAUUAAGGUAGCUUUUCACAUUGAACCGUACAAAGGGAGAGAUGAAGUCAGUAUGUUCUCUAAUGUCAAAUACAUCAUAGAGAAAUAUGGAGAGCACCCUGCUUUCUUCAGGUACCGUACAAACACUGGCAAGCUUCUUCCACUCUUCUAUGUGUAUGACUCAUAUCUGAUGAACUCCGAGCAGUGGACCAAACUGCUAAAACACACGGAGAGUAACAGCAUCAGGGAUACACCAUAUGAUGCCAUCUUCAUUGCCCUGCUGGUAGAGGAGAAACAUAAGAGGGAUAUCCUGACAGCAGGUUUUGAUGGUAUCUACACCUACUUUGCUACUAAUGGGUUCUCCUAUGGGUCAACUCAGCGGAACUGGGACUCUAUUAAAGCGUUCUGCGAAGAUAACAACCUGAUAUUCAUUCCAAGCGUGGGCCCGGGGUACAUUGACACAAGCAUUCGCCCCUGGAACUUCCAAAACACUCGAAACCGCGUCAACGGCAAAUACUAUGAAACCUCACUGAGUGCUGCGUUAGAAGCCAGGCCAGAUUUUAUCUCUAUAACAUCUUUUAACGAAUGGCACGAGGGGACUCAGAUCGAAAUGGCGAUUCCCAAAACAAGCCAGACUGUGUAUCUGGACUACCUGCCCAAUAAACCCGCAAUUUACCUGGAGAUAACUCGCAAGUGGGCUGCGAUAUUUGGCGGUGAGCGACGGAAGUGGCAGGAAUGAUCUGACUAAGAGCCAUAGAAAAUAUUUGUUCACAGUUGUAUAAAAUAAUUACAUGAAAACUAAGUUCUAGUUGCCUAAUGGACAACAAAAUGCAAAUGAUGAAUAACUAUAUGAAAAAAGCCAAAUGAUUUGAAAAGCCACUGGCAAGUGAACUAAUUUAUUAUCUUAAUUUUGGCUGCAGCGAUGUAUGUUAUUUUCUACACUUGGGUGAAUUAUUAUUAAUUUAACUGAUGUGUAACUGAUUAUUUCCUGUUUACGCAGCCAUUGCAAACUUUGGGAUUCACAACUUUAUCAGCAUGUUUACUCACCGUCUCCAACGUAUCCAUUUCCUAUAAUCUGUGACUAUAAUAAACCUCAGUAGAAAUAAAUAAAAGUGCACCCUGGAAAGGAUUGGAAAGACACAAGUAAACAAAGCCGUCUGGUGGUAUAAAG